GCCCGGCCGCCCGUGCGCCCGGGGCUGCUCUGGGCGCUCGCUCACGGUCUUUGUAUCUUUUCUCCCGCCUCUCUCUCUCUGCCUGCCGCGUCCGGCGCCGCCGCGAUGUCUCUGCGCCCUGUUGCCACCUCCCUCCGCCCGCGACGCCCUGUUCGUUGCGGCGGUGGCGGCUGGUCUCGGAUGCUGGCCUGAAAGGAAGAAGAGGAGGAAGCGAGGCGCGCCCCCCGGCCCAUGCCGCAGCCAGAGGCCCGGCCCAGCUGCUGCGCCCGCGCCGCCGCCCUCGCCGGAGCGCACGAGACCUGCAUGGACGGGCAUGGGCGUGAGAGCAGCACCUUCCUGCGCCGCCGCCCCCGCCGCCGCCGGGGCUGAGCAGAACCGCCGCCCCGGGCUCUGGCCGCCGUCUCCCCCGCCGCUGUUGCUGCUGCUGCUGCUCAGCCUCGGGCUGCUCCACGCAGGUGAUUGCCAACAGCCAGCUCAAUGUCGAAUCCAGAAAUGUACCACAGAUUUCGUGUCCCUCACUUCACACCUGAACUCUGCCUCUGAUGGUUUUGACUCUGAGUUUUGCAAGGCACUCCGUGCCUAUGCCGGCUGCACCCAGCAAACUUCAAAAGCCUGCCGUGGCAACCUGGUGUACCAUUCUGCUGUGUUAGGUAUCAGUGACCUCAUGAGCCAGAGGAACUGUUCGAAGGAUGGACCCACAUCUUCUACCAACCCAGAAGUGACCCAUGACCCUUGUAACUACCACAGCCACGGGGGAGUCAGAGAACACAGGGGAGGGGACCAGAGCCCUCCCAAUUACCUUUUCUGCGGCUUGUUUGGAGACCCUCACCUUAGAACUUUCAAGGAUCACUUCCAGACGUGCAAAGUGGAAGGGGCCUGGCCACUCAUAGACAAUAAUUACCUUUCGGUUCAAGUGACGAAUGUUCCUGUGGUCCCUGGAUCCAGUGCAACCGCCACUAACAAGAUCACCAUUAUCUUCAAAGCACACCAUGAGUGUACAGAUCAGAAAGUAUACCAAGCUGUGACAGAUGACCUGCCAGCUGCCUUUGUGGAUGGCACCACCAGUGGGGGGGAUGGUGACAUUAAGAGCCUUCACAUCGUGGAGAGGGAAAGUGGUCGCUACGUAGAGAUGCAUGCCCGCUACAUAGGCACCACAGUGUUUGUGCGACAGCUGGGUCGCUACCUAACGCUCGCCAUUCGAAUGCCUGAAGACUUGGCCAUGUCCUAUGAGGAGAGCCAGGACCUGCAGCUGUGUGUGAACGGCUGCCCCUUGAGUGAAUGCAUUGAUGAUGGACAAGGCCAGGUGUCUGCUAUCCUGGGGCACAGCCUGCCACGCACCACCUCAGUGCAGGCCUGGCCUGGCUACACACUGGAGACUGCCAGCACCCAAUGCCACGAGAAGAUGCCAGUGAAGGACAUCUAUUUCCAGUCUUGUGUCUUUGACCUGCUCACCACUGGUGAUGCCAACUUCACCGCUGCAGCCCACAGUGCCUUGGAGGAUGUGGAGGCGCUGCACCCCAGGAAAGAACGCUGGCAUAUCUUCCCCAGCAGCAGCAGUGGAGGUGGCAGAGAUUCGUCUGUUGGUCUCGGACUCACAUGCUUGAUCCUUAUUGUGUUUUUGUAGGGGUUGUUUCUAUUUUGUUUUUGUUUGUUUUUUUUCCUGGGUUUUUUUCUUUGUCUAUAACAAAAUUUUAAAUAUAUAUUGUCAUAAUAUAUUGAGUGAAAGAGUAUAUAUGUAUAUACCAUGUAUAUGACAGAUGUUUGUCCUGGAACACCAGAUUGUACAUUAUGUGUUUGGCUGUUUUCACAUAUGUUGGUUGUAGUAUUUUUUGAUUGUAUCAAUUUUGUUUUGCAGUUUUGUGAAAUGUUUUAUAAUGUCCCUACCUAGGGACCUCUUAGAAAGCACUUUAUUUUUUAUAUAUUAAAUAUUUAUGUGUGUACCUGGCUAAUAUGUACAGUGCAUAUACAUAGACACCGCAGCAAUCCAUUUGAAGGUGACCAGUUUGUAGCUACUCUGGGUGUUCUUCCUGCACUUCCCAUUGCUACUGAUUUGCUAAGGUACACAGUUCCUGAUGGAGCUGUCUCCCUUCCUUUGAUGUAUCAGUUUGAGAGGAAAGUUGUCGGCUCCCUUGUAAGUACUUUUGAUUCUUAAUACUCGGAUCUCACUUAAGAGCCCCAUUUCUAACUCACUUUUUCAGAAUAUGGGGACAGUAUUGCUACAACUCAGUCCUUGUUACUCUGAUUGUGACAUUUGAGCACAUGUGGCCUAUGAGGUUAACCCUUCUGAAGCUGCUGUUUGUUAAGUACGAGUUUGGUGAUGGCCGUUUCAGGUAGAUACCAGGCAUCUUGCUACACCUGAGCUAGUCCCCUAUCCCUGUUUAAAUUGUAGUUUUCCCCUUCUUUAACUCUUUAAGCAAAACAAAAUCAUCAACUCAGUAGAGUUCAUGCCUUGCUCUGCCUCUCUGCAAUUUGUAGAAAUCAUGUUCUUAACUUUCUCUUCCUUGGCUGCUUGGAAUCCUAACAGUGCUCUCUGGCUCCACCCCAAAGUCUCCUUCACCUCACCUCAGGAUUCCAAACUCUGGCUGUUUGUCUUCCUAUGAUAUUAAGGUCCAGGUGUAGGGCCUUAAGAACAGAAAAUCUUCCUUGGUGUGUAUUAGUACGCACUUCACUUGCCUGUGGAUGCUGUUGAGUCCUGAUGUUCAUAACUAGGCAUUGCACUGCCCAAGUCAUAUCUGUCUUUUCAAUCUUAACACCUAUAGUUGAAUAUUAGGCAGUUGUUCCUGUCACUUAGUGAAAUCCCCAUAAGGUAAAGUCUCUCCUUGUCUCUUCCAUCCCAUUGUUGGUACCAACAAUAAAAGGGAAUUAACAAAAGGCUGUGAGAGUAGCAGAGUUAACUCCUAAAUAGAUAGAUUUGUAUUGUUAUAUCUAAAUGUGAGUGUUUGGUUCCAAGAAGUAAUACAAUUUGUGUUUCAAUAUUUAAGGUUUACAUUAAUGAAAGCAAAAGAUAUGAACUUUAAAUACUGUAGUUAUUUAGGCCAAGGUGAUGCCUUUUGCCAUGUCCUAUUGGCCAGUGGCACUGACAGACUCAGGCUGGCAGCAGAAAAGGGUAUCACUUUGUGAAGUUGUAUUUCUUAGAGAAGUGAUAUCAUCACAGGGUAGGAUUGUGUGUUCAUCUAGAGGUGGCAAACCCUUACCUUGGGGGAAAUUAUGAAGGCAUCCUUAAAAGCUGAACUCCAGAGAGCUGUGAUCUAACCCUGUAAAAAACGGUCCUUUUAAGAAAGCUGGAUUAGAACCAGCCAACCCUGAGCUCUGAAGCAUGGCCACUUUUGUUCAUAUGUGGAGCCAUGUGCCAAGUUUAGAAGCUGUCACUAGCCAGUAACUAGUAAUUGAGUAGAACAAGGAAGGAAAAACAUUGGAUACUUUUAACCACUAUUUUUGUGCAAAUAGUAUAAAGGUAAAGUAAAAACAAUAGGAGUUUCUACAGUGUCUGGCUCUAGAGUGUGAUUGAUUGAUACACCUUUAUCCUUUUGGGGGAAGAACAGAACUACCACCUCUACUCACAGGUUAGAAAAGGAAGUUUGCUUGUUUAGCGGGGAAGGGUACCUGUGAGAUGUACUACAUCAGUAGUAGUAGUUAUAUAGUGUGGUGGGUUGUUCUCCCUCAUAAUCAGUGUCCCUAUACAACCUUUACAGUCCCCACAGAUAACUUUAGAAAUGAAAUGUUUCUGUAGAGAAUGGCCAGGCUUUCUUUGGGGUUUCUAAGGAACAUACUGCUUACACUUGUUUCUUGAGGUCCUUAGCCAGAAGAAUUUCAGACCACGCCAGCAUAUGAAUAGGCUAUCGCUCUUCUCAGGUCUCCUGGGAGAGGAGCUUAAAACUUGGGCCAAAACACUGAUUUUCACAGAGUCGUGUGGCUCUUUUCGAGAAGACUCAAAAACACUUUUUGCCCUCUUCACCGUGCUUGGAAACCCCACAUUGUGCUGAGUCUUUACAGAGAAACCCGUAGAUGUGGUUCAUAGGUAUAUGAGUAAGUGUCUGUGUAAAAACAGUGAGUGUGCAGUAUGUAAAUACUUUAAAUUAUUAUGCUAGAAAAAUAAAGUUACAGACCAUGCUGUCGAAUGUUUGUUCUGUGAUUAUGGUGACACCUGCUGGAAGAGCUGAGGAACCUCUGCAGAAGAAAAGGAGUAAGGGACUUAAUAAAAUCCUAAUCGAUUUUGACAAGA